UUCAGAAGAACUCAAUAACGAAAUCAUACUGUGAAAGCAUGCAAAAAUAUACCACCAGGGCGAAUUCAUAGUUUCUGCCUUUUUUGUGCUCUGUUACUGUAACGGCCACGGGAAAGAAGCUUUCAAGGAGAAGGAAUGAAUGGGACAGCUAUUGAAAAUUUUGUCUGUGUCAUUUUUAAUGUGUCCUUCAUGAACUGCACGUGGCAUGUGGGCAGGACUGCUACAAGAGAUACCCAGUAUUUUCUGUACUGGAGGCCCUCAGAGAAAGAAAAUAUCACAGAGUGCCAGAAUUACAUCAAAGAUAACUGGGGAAGGAACACAGGAUGUCUAUUCCAAAAUGUGACAAUAGCAUAUAAGAAUGCUUAUUUCCUGGUAAAUGGAUCUAGAAGUGGACAAAACAUUCAGUCAUAUGAGAAGAAGAUUAUGCUAUACAAAAUUGAAAAACUCACCCCUCCAUUAAAUGUCACUGUGAACUGCACAGAAGCUUCUCAUGCAUGUAAUAUUCAGUGGCAACCACCUCACACAAGCCACGUGAAAAGGAGCAGCUGUUUCAAAUAUGAAAUUGUCAUAGAAAACAAGGCUGAUCCUAAGAAAAACUUCAACACCACAUCUGAAACACACUCCUACCUGUAUGAGAGCUUCAGUGCAGAAAAAAGGUACAGUGUCAAAAUCCGAGCAACUGACACAGGCAUUUGUUUAGUGAGCCCAAGCUGGGGAGAGUGGAGCACACCGGUGGAGUUUGGCAUGAAUGGGUCAGCCAUUGAAAAUUUCUCCUGUGUGAUUUAUAACAUUUGCCUCAUGAACUGCACUUGGCAGGCAGGAAGGGCUGCUCCAGCAGAUACGCAGUACUUUCUCUACUGGCAGAACUCAAGAGAUGUUGGGGAGAUGGAAUGUGAGCUUUACAUUAAGGAUGCAAAUGGCCGAAACGUGGGAUGUAGAUUCCAAAAUGUGAGGAUAGAGAUUGAAAAAGCUCACUUCGUGGUGAAUGGGUCUAGCAAAGACUCCCUGAUCCAGUUCUAUGAUGAGUACAUUGAACUGUAUAAAAUUGAAAAGCUCAUGCCUCCCUCAAAUAUCACUGUCGACUGUGAUGAAAUUAAAAACGAUUGCAUAAUUCAAUGGCAACGACCCCAAAUAAGUCACUCUAACAAAGACAAGUGUUUUGAAUAUGAAAUCAACAUAAAAUAUAAGGAUAAUGCUGAAGGAAAACCCAAAUAUGUUUUUAAACAAGAAGGGGGAAAUAGUCACACAUUUCCAAGAUCCAACACAAGAAAGAAGUAUCUCUUGAAAAUGAGAACAGCUGGCAGUGCCUGCCUUGUAAACCCAGCCUGGGGGGAAUGGAGUGCACCUGUUGAGUUUGGAAAUGAGGAAAUUAUUUCUUCUUCGGUAUGGAUUUUACUUGUUGUCGCAUUCGUAACACCGUUAGUGGCAAUCAUCGCAAUAUUGUUCUUCAAAAGGACUGGCUGUUGGAAAGCAGCAUUUCCACAAAUCCCAGGUCCAAAACAUGCUUUUUUUGGACUGCCUGAUACAAAUCCAGAGCUGAUGGAGAGCAAAAUGCAGUCAACAACAUCUGAAAAUGAAGAGAUAAUAUUAGUUUCUGACAUAAUAAGAUAAAAAAAAAAAGAGGAGUCUAAAACUGCAUUUCUUAAACAACUGUAUAUUCCUGUAGAAAGUCUGGAAUAAUAUAUAUAGGCUUUCUUCACUCUCUUCUUUUUUCUUGUAGAAAACAGUGAUGCAGCCAUGAGAGAAUGAUACUUCACAUGCAAUCUUUUUAAAUGCCAUUGUAUUUGCUUUGAAUUUUGGCUAACUUUUAUUGUUUGAGUAAGUUGUCCUUAUUGGAUAUCUUCCAUUUUGUGAAUAUGAAAAAAUAAUUGGUUUAUCUCAUAUUAAUAGCGUUAAGAAUUAAUUUAUUGGGAUGGAUACAAUUUUUAAAAAUUCUGGUGCCUGAAUGCCAUUGUUCUACUGUCAAAAAUGGCCCGGUUCAGACUUGAAGUUUCCUUGGAGCUCUUAAAUUAUGGACAGUUAGAAAAAUGCAAAAACAAGCUGAGACAUUGAGCAGUGGCCUGCAAUCAAUGGGAAUCUCAAGGGACAGGAAUUUGUCUAAAAC